AUGUUCCUCAAUCUGGUUGUUAUCCUGCUUUUUCAAGUAGCGUAUCGAUCGACUGCUAGAAGUUUCGUGGGCCUUGUGGACGGAGUAGACCAUGGAUUAAACCAGGCGUCCGAUUCGAACGCGAUAUCUGCGUCUACUGCAGCGGUUUCUUCAAGUCUUGCGGGGCCGAUCUCCGAGCCCAGUGUUUUCCAUCGUCACCCCAAGCGUUCAAUGUCCAGGCUCGAGGCAGUGGCAAGGGCAGAGGAGGGAAAAUGUCCAAUCUGCCAAUCUUUCCUCCGACGGAAAGAAAAAGUCGUUGAACCGACUGUCGCUUCACCAAAAAAAACAAAAAAACUCUCCUUCAGGGGAUCAAAGUCAUCUAAAUCACUUCCCCCACCACCGCCUCCUGAUGAUCACAAGCAACGAGAAUUGACCCGUGUGCCAUGCUGCAAUGGCGAGAUGCACACCGAGUGUUAUGAAGCGUGCAUGACCAACCGACUUCCCCAGUGUCCAUUAUGCCGUGGGGCAUGGGAGCUGCCAGUACUACCUUCCCCGUCGGGUUCAACUUCAUCCAACCACCCCGCUACGACUGCUGAGCAAUCACCACACUGGGUUACUAAUGCAUACCCCAUGCCAUCAUCCGGUUACCCACCGUUUCAGAUAUCACACGGGCAGCCAACUCCUCCAUCAUCCCAAGGAACGUGGUGGGGCGAGCAGUAUUUUCUCCCCACCCCAGAUCCGUAUCAGGCGCCACCACAGCCAGAAUACCCGAGCACAUCUACCUCACCUGGUCACGCUUUCGAUUAUCAGACGUAUAAUCGUGAUUAUCCUUCGCAGCAAUCUAGUUAUCAUCAGCAAGAUUUCGGUCAUUCUCAGUAUAAUCAAGGUUACUUUACGCCCAGUCAAGGUUCUACUUCACCGCCACCACCCCUUUCAGCGCGUGAACAACGUAGUGGGACCGCCUUCGGCGACAUGGUUAACUACUUAACGGGUCAAUAUUGA